GCUGGGCUCCCGCGGGCGCGCCGCUCAGGCCUUCGUCCCUGCAGGCACGCGAGGGAGGCCGGGGAGCCAUGGGAGACUGGAGCCUCCUGGAGAAGCUGCUGGACCAGGUCCAGGAGCACUCCACAGUGGUGGGCAAGAUCUGGCUGACCGUGCUCUUCAUCUUCCGGAUCCUCAUCCUGGGCCUGGCCGGUGAGUCAGUUUGGGGUGACGAGCGGUCGGAUUUCGAGUGCAACACGCUCCAGCCGGGCUGCACCAACGUGUGCUACGACCAGGCUUUCCCCAUCUCCCACAUCCGCUACUGGGUGCUACAGUUCCUCUUCGUCAGUACACCCACCCUGAUCUACCUGGGCCACGUCCUCUACCUCUCUCGGCUAGAGGAGAAACUGAGACAGAAGGAGGGGGAGCUGCGGGCUCUGCCAUCCAAAGACCCGCACGUGGAUCGGGCCCUGGCAUCUAUAGAGCGGCAGAUAGCUAAGAUCUCGGUCAGGGAAGAUGGACGCCUACGGAUCCGCGGGGCGCUGAUGGGCAGCUACCUAGUCAGCGUGGUGUGCAAGAGCUUGUUUGAGGCCGGCUUUCUCUAUGGACAGUGGCGCCUCUAUGGCUGGACCAUGCAGCCGGUGUAUGUGUGCCACCGUGUGCCCUGCCCCCACUCCGUGGACUGCUACGUGUCUCGUCCCACGGAGAAAACCAUCUUCAUCAUCUUCAUGUUGGUGAUGGGACUCAUCUCCCUGGUACUCAACCUGCUGGAGCUGGUCCACCUGCUGCGCCACUACAUCCGGCGGGGGCUGAAGCUCUGGCACAGCAAGGAGGAGCCCGCAGCACAGGACCCCUCCUCACAACCCUAUCCCGAUCAGGUCUUCUUCUACCUCCCCAUGGGCGAGGGACCCUCCUCCCCACCAUGCCCUGCCUACAAUGGGCUCUCAUCCACAGAGCAAAACUGGGCCAACUUGACCACAGAGGAGAGGCUGGCCUCUUCCAAGGCCCCACUCUUCCUCGACCCACCCCCCCAGUGCAUCGGGAAGCCCCCCAGUGGUCCCAGCAGCAUCAUUUCUAAGAUGCAGUAUGUAUAGUGGCCUGGGGGCUUAUGUCACUCAAGAGAGGGCUGCUGAGAAGUCUGGUGACCUUAGCUGACCCUUCCUGGGGGGCUCUUGAGGGGUGGCUGGACUGUUGAUGAUUGGCUGGCCACUGCCUCAUCAUGGGUUCUGGAAUCCUGGGGCCUUCUUGGUUGACCAGAGGGCACUUUCGGCUUCCUCUCCAGAAAGUGCUUUUGUCCAGCGCCAGCGCCAGUUCUUGGCCAAGGGUGUUAAUCGAUCAGUGGCCUAUUCCUCCUGAUCUGGAGGAACCCAGAGCCGAAUUAUCCCACCCCCAUGGAAGAAUCUCCUCUACUGACUCUCCUCACGUCUUCUCCCCACGGGAAAAGGCUGGUGCAGGCUGCUGGGUCGGCCUGGCUGGAGCGGGUGGGACAGGCAGUGGGAACUGUCCCAGGACAGGUGCCUUGUUUCUAUCAUUGCUCCCUUCCUUGUUCUGCUGUUUAUACUUCUAAAAUAAACAGGACUUGACCUCAGGCCAGGUGUGUGUAUGCUGUCACAUGCUUUGUUCCAGGGGAGGGAUGCUCUUUUUUGACCAGGCCUCCCCUUGUGUUCAGUCCUGCUCAAUCUGUCUUUGGUCUCUGCAGCCUGAGCCCUGAACAUUCCACCUUUUGAAACAGCCCAGGCCCUGGUUUCUUUCCGUGCCCACUGCAGUGUCCUUUCCCAUCCUGCCCCACGCCCGCCUGGUACCCCACCAUGCUACCCAUGUAUGGUGCUUCCUGACCAGACACUGUGCUCUCCAGGUGUGUCUGCGGCCGCCACAGGCUAACUCUAAUGCAUCUACCCAUCUUGCCUCAUCCUGGACCCCUUGGAAUUUUGGAAGGGAGGCUUAGGGCUGGGUCCUUCCUACCAUGGCCCUUUCUAGUCUGCCCAGCAGAAGAAGCAGCUUGAGGGUGUGCAAACCUCAUGGUAGACCUGGAGAAAGUAAAAUCGUGGCACAUAAGAAAGUGUAAAAUAGAGUUGGCACCAGAGGGUCCUGAAAGAAAUGCUGCCUCCAACAUUUUCCAGUCAUGAGGCCUGGAGUCCAUCCGCGGUCUUGAGUCAUGAUUUUCUCAUCUCCAACACACGGCAUCUCCUACCUCAGAGAAACCGUGUGACUGACUAUAUCUGGCUUAUAAUCAUCAGGCAGGAACAUCCAGCCCACUCUUUCCUGCGAGGCCUAGAACAUAGGUCAUUCCUCCUCCAGGAGUCCCUCCAUGAUUUCUCCAGCCCAUGACUAUCCCCUCUUAGGAUCUGGGCCACUGCUCAAUACCUCAAUUUCGGUGGGUCUCUACGCAUGGCCAAGGAGAUGCUUUUAUUCCCCAGAAGCCCAGCCCAGUAUUGGUUCUGAGUAUGAAGUAAAGAACUGGGUUAGACUGAGCAGAAGGGGAAAGGGGGUACCCUAGGAGGCUGAGAUGCCCCAGGCAGGGUGAA